AUGACCGCGCGGACGUUUCUAUGGGCCGUUCUCCUGCACGGUGUUGCCGUCCAGGCCCUUCAUCAUCAUGACGCGUUACGAGCGAAGCUGGAUUUGAUGACAAAAAAUAUGAAUACGACAGCUGAUCCUUGCAAUGAUUUCUUCACCUAUGCUGUCGGAAAUUUUAACGCUAGUCAACUUUAUUGGGAUACUCUUGCCGCCAGAAGACGUCUGCUCGAAUCAAGCAUUGGAGAUGAGGUAUUACGAGUCCGACUAACAGGGGAAGUACCCCAAGUGCGACGCUCAGAUUUUCUUUAAAAGACGAUUUUUGGCUCGCUGCGUCAGCCGGGGACAUUCAAAAAAAUUUUUUUUGAGUUUUUUUGCCUAAAAUGUUGGUAUGGGUCACUAAAACACAUUCCCAAAAUUUUUUUGCCCAGUGAUGCCCGGAAGGUAGAAAUUUGUAUAUGGUUAUAACCGUUCUUCUGAGCUCUGCUGUUGCCGUCGCAAUAAAGACAACUUGACGAAACCGACUCCACAUAGGUUUUGGUGGACGGCGAAUACAAAAAUCGCAAUUUCAAGUUAGUAGGAUUACUGUAACAUACAGUUUUUGACCUUCGGUCGAUAAAAAUCGACCGUAUCUCCUUCAAAUCAAAAAUCCCACAAGAUUUUAUUGCAGAUUUGGAAUCAGCGUAAAAUUCUGGUCUAGGAACAUGUAAUUUGCAUCCUUGAUUCCGUGGCAGAUAAAUCAUGGCGCAGUGGGUUUUGACGAAAACUAGUAAUCUGACGACCCUGGUUCGAUCCCCGCUGGAGACAAAUAUUGUAAAAAAUGUGGAAAUGACAUUUAAUGGAAUUAUGAGGGUUAUAUGAGCAACGUUGAGUAUUUUUAGACAUCAACGGAACAUGAAUUUGAGGCUAGACCAGGGUUUAUAUUAUUUUAGUCUCGGGAUCCGUGAAAAAUAAAACUGCUUCAAACGGGCUGAAAUUGAUAACACCUUUUCUAGGCCUAAUUCUAAGAAACUUUUACGUUAACUUUUUUUUGUUAGAUUACUGUAUCGUGGAUUACGGUAACAUAAAACCCAAUUUUGUUUUUUCAUACCAUAAGGCGCAGAGCCAUCGGAAUAUCACGAAGAUUGUAGGAAUGGUUAAGAACGAGUGGGUUUGCGCAUUAAUAGUUCGUUUAUGGCCGUAUGUUUUGAAAUACCUGAAUUAUCUAACACAAUAUCACCAAUGGAUGAUGAGAUUAAUUCAGACUGAAAAUGAGUUCGAAUUGCAUUUUAAAUAUGAGGCAUGCCGGCUUUCUGCCGUUUGAAUAAUAUAGCCAAAAAAAAUUUAAUUUUAUGCGGAAAUUUUGAAGAAAUCGCCUUUAAGGAGGCCGAGCUUUUUGUUACCGUAAUCCACGAUACAGUAAUCCAACAAAAAAAAGUUAACGUAAAAGUUUCUUAGAAUUAGGCCUAGAAUAGGUGUUAUCAAUUUCAGCCCGUUUGAAGCAGUUUUAUUUUUCACGGAUUCCGAGACUAAAAUAAUAUAAACCCUGUUCUAACCUCAAAUCCAUGUUCCAUUGAUGUCUAAAAAUACUUAGCGUUGCUUAUACAACCCUCAUAAUUCCAUUAAAUGUCAUUUCCACAUUUUUUACAAUAUUUGUCUCCAGCGGGGAUCGAACCAGGGUCGUCAGAUUACUAGUUUUCGUCAAAACCCACUGCGCCAUGAUUUAUCUGCCACGGAAUCAAGGAUGCAAAUUACAUGUUCCUAGACCAGAAUUUUACGCUGAUUCCAAAUCUGCAAUAAAAUCUUGUGGGAUUUUUGAUUUGAAGGAGAUACGGUCGAUUUUUAUCGACCGAAGGUCAAAAACUUUAUGUUACAGUAAUCCUACUAACUUGAAAUUGCGAUUUUUGAAUUCGCCAUCCACCAAAACCUAUAUGGUGUCGGUUUCGUCAAGUCGUCUUUAUUGCGACGGCAACAGCAGAGCUCAGAAGAACGGUUAUAACCAUAUACAAAUUUCUACCUUCCGGGCAUCACUGGGCAAAAAAAUUUUGGGAAUGUGUUUUAGUGACCCAUACCAACAUUUUAGGCCAAAAAACUCAAAAAAAAUUUUUUUGAAUGUCCGGCCCCUCGUAUUGGCUGACGCAGCGAGCCAAAAAUCGUCUUUUAAUGUGAAUAUCUCGGCUGAGCCGGCAAAGCGCGAGCUAAAACUUUUAGGAAUUGAUACUUAAGGGGAAGUACUCCAAGUGCGACGCUCAGAUUCUCUUUAACUUUUGCACACACGUCGGGUAUGGACUAAAUAUCAAUUCCUGAAAGCUUUAGCUCGCGCUUUGCAGGCGCCGCCGAGAUAUCGAACGAUUUUUGCCGCCGAGAGAGCACGCUAAACGUGGAGAGCGGUCAGAGAGAAAAACGCUUUUUGGCCAUAACUUUGGCAGUUUCGUGCGGAAAAUUAUGAUUUUUUUGUAGAAACAUUAUCCUUUACGGUAGAAAUAGGCAUGAAACUUUUCGUGCCGAAAUUCGACAAAAAGUCCAAAAUUUUCGCCGACUUUCAAUCUAAAAAUCUCGGUUGUUACUGAAAAGCGCGAGCCAGGAUGCUCGCAUAUACCUUGGAAAAAAUUAUUCUAAAUUUGUGCCAAGUUUCAUCAAAAUCUGAGCGUCGCACUUGGGGUACUUCCCCUGUAAGCCCUUUUGGACCUUGGUUUACUUGUUUUUUUAUUCCAUACGGUAAUCUUUUUCAAUUUCAGAUCCCAAGCGUCAAGCAAAUUAAGCCGUUGCUCGCGGCCUGCAAGAAGAAUCCCGCCAUGAUGGAUGACCCGAACAGUACAGAUACAUUCCGUUGGAUUGUGGACAGUUUCAAAUCGAGAGGGUUUACUUUCCCAAUGAAGAACGAAGUUCUCGCCAAUGAUGACGGCCUUUUUACCAACCUGGUCUUGGAAAUGUACGUUUAUCUGUUGGAAACGGGAGCCCCAUUUUUUGAUGAAUGGGGUUACGCUGCUUCUGGAGGGAAAUUGACUCUGAAUAUUACACCAAAGGUCAACCAAGAAGAAGCCUGGUAAGUUAUUUGUGCACCAUAUGUACGUAUCAGUAUGUCGGGAAAAUAUGUGGAUUAAUCGAGCCUUGAAAUCGCCCAUCAUCGCUUUGCAAGUUCUGGCUGGAAAUCUGUUGCCAGGUUGAGAAUGACGAGGAAUUUCGCUGCUACAAAACUCGACAUUAUUUUCCCGACAGACUGGUGUACAAGUCGCCACCUAAUGUAUGUAGGUGGCGACUUGUUAAUACUGUGGAUCGGAGUUGAUUGAAAAUAUAUCACAAUCUUCAGGAAGAAGUACUGCAAUGUCAUCAAAGGAUGUGCUGAUCUGGCCUACGACCGCAAUUACAUGCCACAAGGUUACGUACAGGCAGAUCAUUUAAAAGGCCGCUUCUUCGACAGAAUGAUGGGAUUAAACGAGACCUUCCCGGGUAUUGCUUUCUAUGUUCCGCAAGUUUUUGGAAAAGAUGUAAGUUUUUGGGUUAAGCGCUUAAACCACGCUUAAAAUUGAAGAUAUUCAAACUUCUUUGGACACCUUUCGGGUUUCCCUUUCUUCCUGAAACCUACGAAAAAAAGAAGAACUAUAAACGAUGACUUUUUUCAGCCCAGCCAGUCUGCUAAUCGUGCCAACUUUCUGAAUCAUCUAAUGGAGUAUCUAACCGAUCAAAUUCACCGCCCGAAAAAGUUUUACCAGUGUGAAGAUUACAUUUUCGAGGCGCUUCCCCUUCAUACUUCCAAAAUUGCCUACGAACUGGAGAUGACAAACAAGACGGCAUUUGCUGAGCUGAAAGCAAAAUUCACAGAAAAAGCAGAAGCGGUUAAGAAAACGGCUGAACGUAUGCUCCGGAACGCAAACUUCACGCAGGAGCAGACCCGACAGAACUAUCUGGACAGAUUGGCGAAGAACGAGUUCCCGUUUCUGGAUCAUCCAAUCCUUUUUGGAAAAGAGCUGGCUGCAGUGGACCAUAUGUAUUUGCAUGCACCGUAUAUGAGGAGAUUUAUGAAUGGAAUCACCCACGUUUUCAUGUUCAACGCCCAGAAGGAGCUGAAGAAUUUUGUCGUCCCAGAGUACAAGGUAACAGAAAGUGAACAUUUGGGGAAUGCGUUUUCUGACCUAUUCCAACAGCGUACUUUUUUAAGUUACGUCCUUGAAUUGACACUCUUUUUUAGCUAAUAUUUUUUUUGAGGAUUUGUUAAAGUCUACAAAAAUACAGCUAUUUUUCCUACCUUACCCCAAGUACCCCAAGUGCGACGCUCAGAUUUUCUUUAAAUUUUGCACACUUGUCGGCCAUGAACAUCAAUUCCUGAAAGUUUUAGCUCGCGCUUUGCAAGUGCCGCCGAGAUAUUGAACCAUCCUUGCCGCCGAGAGAGCACGCGAAACGCGGAGAGCGUUCAGAGAGAAAAACGUUUUUUGGCCAUAACUUUGCCACUUUCGUACGGAAGAGAUUGAUUUUUUGUGGAAGCAUUGCCCUCUAUGGUAGAAAUAGGCACGAAACUUUUUGUGCCGAAAUUCGGAAAAAAGUGUCAACGUUUCGCCGACUUUCGAUCUAAAAAUCUCGGUUGCUUCCGCGAAGCGCGAGCUAGGAUUCUCGCAUAUAUUUUAGAAAAAAUUAUUUUAAAUUUGUGCCAAGUUUCCUCAAAAUCUGAGAGUCGCACUUAGGGUACUUCCCCUGUAAGAUAGGAUAGUAAUUUUUUCUAUUUUUUCAUGAAUAAAAUUUUGAUAUUUUAUUUUCAGUCUGAUGCUAUCCAUAAACGCGAGAACCAGCACAAUUACAUUCACUGGAAAUUUGUUGAAUUUCCAUACUUCGAUGUUGAGUUUCCCGCGCUUCUCGAUUCCUCCGGUACAGGGUUUUGGAUGUCCCAGUCAUUAGCGCAUACCUUCGGCAAGUGAUAAAAUUCAGCUUUGAAAUAAUUUCCCGUUUUUUUAGAUGAUUUGCUGGAAGCUCAUGAGGACCCGGAAAAGGAGCAUCGUGCUCGGUGGGACUGUAUCGCAAUGCUCUAUAGUGGGCAAUGUGAUCCACAAAGACCGGACGUCUGUUUGAAUACCACAAAAACCGCCGGCGAGGCACUUGCGGACCAAGUUGGUGAGUGUUAGCAGCGUUAUGGCAGUACAACAUAGAUAAAAAUUCCUGGGGCGGUUAUACAAAGGGAUGUGCACGAAGCCGGCAGGCGUUAGCGACGGAAAAAGGGGAAUUUUUUGUUUCGAGAUUAAGCCUCAGAACGAGUCGCCCACACGUCUUAGACUGACCCUAAUGUCAUUUUAGGUGUUCGUCUGGCCUAUUUUUCCCACUUCGCCCCUGGCAAUAAUAUCUCGGAGCCCCGAAUAAGCGAACAGUUCUCCAACGAACAACUUUUUUUCAUCAACAUAGCCAAUACACUUGCGUGGUCGUACAGUUGGAAAGACUACAAUCCAACGACAUCCGUACAUAUGCCUAAUCGAGCUCGUGUUUGGGGAGCCCUUGCCAACUUUAAAGGAUUUGCCGAGGCUUUCAAUUGCCCUGUUGGCUCGAGAUAUCACGUUCCAGUGGACCAAGCAUGCAAUAUCUUUGACUUUGACAUCGUCACGACUACCACGAAGACCACGACGGCUGCGACCACAACGGUUACCAUAGCUACUACAACGACUACUGAAGUUACAACGACGGCUGCAACAACGGCUGCACCAACUACUCCCGCAGCAACUACUGCAAUGGCCACAGAAAUUACGACGACGGCUGCUACAACGACUGCACCAACUACCACUGCCACCACUACAGGAACUACUGCAAGAGCAACUACAACAAUGACCGCAGCAAAAACUACAACUAGCACUGAAGCGCAGCACGAACCAGUUGUAACUGACGGAACUCCUCAUGCCAGUACCAAUACUCCACCGGCCCCUGGACCAACCAAAUCAACUCCAAACCCACAUACGGCUACUAAGCAAUCUACACCAGGAACUACUCCGUCUAUGCCAAGAACUACUCCUCCUAUGCCAAGAACUACCCCUUCUAAGCCAACAACUACUCCCUCUCAGCCCACCAGAAGUACUCCCCUUAAGCCAAAAACCACUCCCUCUCCGCCUUCACCGGUACCCGACUAUAACUCCGAAGAAUAUGGAGAAGUUGCUCCCAAAAAGUCGAUUCUAUUGUCGCCGCCCUAUGUCUUUUAUCCCAUUUUGGCAUUUGCCCAUAUGAUGUUCCAAUAA